GUGACUGAUUAUUGUCCACCAUCACUGCUUGGACCCAGUCACAGAGUUAAUCGACACCGGGUAUCACAAUGCGGCUCUCCGUGGCAGUUCAGAUCGCCUCAGGCGCCGCCGCGGUGUCGGCGGCUGUCCUGCCCAACACGUCCAAGCGGGACCAGCUCGUGCCCUUCGAGUACAAGUUCCCAACAAUGUCACUCGACGAGUUCAAUGCCCAGGUCAGCAGUCACAACUCCUCUUCUUCGUCCAGCACAACACAAGGACAGACGACAACGGCUGCGGCCGAAGACGGCGGCGGCGGCGGCACCGUCUCAACCCAGGCCGAGUGUGCCAGCCCCUUUGUGCGUGUCGAGUGGCGCAACAUGGCCGAUGCAGACAAGCUCUCCUUUAUAAAAGCCAUCGGCUGUCUCUGGGACGCACCGGCCCAGGGUCUCGCCCCGCCGGCGACCAACCGCUACGAGGAACUCGUCUGGGUACACCAGCAGAUGACGAACACCAUCCACAACGCGGGCAUCUUCCUCCCUUGGCACCGCUACUACCUGUGGACUUUCUCCCGCCUGCUGCGCGAGGAGUGUGGCUACGCGGCGCCGCUGCCGUGGUGGAAUGAGGUUGCCGACUCGGGCAACUUUGCGGCCUCGGGCCUCUUCACGGACGACUACUUUGGCGCCCUGCCGCCCAUCAACAACGGCCAGGGCACAUGCAUUACCAAUGGCGAGUUCGGCGGCCGCCCGCUGCAUAUCGGUCCCGGGAGCUCCAAUACCGAGCGUUGCCUGUCGCGUGGCGAGGAUACCAGCGUUACCUCCAACGUCAACCAGAAUUUCGUCAACCAGUGCAACAGCCAGGGCGCGUAUUCGGAUAUGGAGAUGUGCAACGAGCGCGGACCGCACGGUUAUGGGCAUAACGGCCUGGGGCCUGUCAUGGCGGAGGUCUCGGCGUCGCCGUCUGAUCCAGUAUUCUUUAUGCACCACUCUUUUGUCGACCACAUGUGGAACCAGUGGCAGCGCUCCGAUGCGUCGCGUUUCACGGCGGUUGGCGGGUGCGCCGCCCCCGGAGACAAUUGCUCGCCCAUGACGGCGAGCACGACGCUGUCUUCCAUGGGGCUGAGGCCAGAUGUGACCGUGGGGGACAUGCUGGACAUUCGUGGCGAGUCCUUGUGUUAUGACUAUGACUCUUAA